AAAUUAAUAUUUUCUUCAAUAUUUCUGCUGUGCGUGGGGAGUUGUUUCACGGCGGAAAUUUUAAUGGUUACCAUGGGUGGCACGAAAUCACAUAAAAUUCCCUUUUGGGAAUUGGCAAAAGGAUUGAUAGAGAGGGGUCACAACAUAACUUUCCUAAGUGGUUUUCCCUCCGAUUUCCACAUAGAUGGCCUGCACGAGGUAACACCUGCCGGUCUCGUUGAGUAUAUACAAAAUUAUACAAAUUGGGAUUUGGUUGGGGCACGGAUGUCAGGUGAAAUGCCAAUCUCGGUAUGGGAUGGUAUACGUUAUGCAUUCCAGUCUUGCGAUGCAAUGCUGGAAGAUGCUGAAACACAAGCCUUGAUGAAUCGUAACUUCGACUUGGCCAUAUUGGAUGGUGCCUAUCCGGAGUGUGCCCUCGGCAUGGUAUAUCAAUAUAAAAUACCCUUCAUGUAUAUGAACACGGUUGGCUUCUAUACGGGUAGCCUUUCGAUUUCCGGUAAUCCUGGAUCAUAUGCUGUCACUCCAAACUUCUAUACAACCUUUACGGAUAAUAUGAAUCUGCUGGAGAGGGCAGCGAAUACGGGUAUACAAAUAUUUACCGAUUUAAUGCAUCAGUUCGUCAUGUCCCUUGUGUAUCGGGUUCUGAAGCAGCGCUUGGGCCAUCAAAUACCCCAUCCUUAUGAAAUCUCGAAAAAUGUCAGUUUCAUUUUACAAAAUGGCCAUGCCGUGGUCUCCUAUCCAAGGACCCUAAAUCCCAACGUAGCCGAGGUGGCCUGCAUCCAUUGUAAACCUGCCAAACCUUUACCCAAAGAUUUGGAGGAAUUCAUCGCCUCAGCUGGAGAAUCUGGUUUUAUUUAUGUCUCAAUGGGCUCCUCCGUAAAGGCAGCAAAUAUGCCCAAAACAUUACGCCGUCUAUUGGUACAGACAUUUGCCCGCCUGCCCUAUCAUGUUCUGUGGAAAUACGAAGGAAGUGCUGGAGAAAUUGAUGGCCUUACAGAAAAUGUAAAAAUCAGCCGUUGGUUACCACAACAGGAUAUUUUGGGUCAUCCUAAGUUGAGAGCCUUUGUCACCCAUGGUGGUUUGUUGAGCAUGUACGAGACGGUGUAUCAUGGAGUACCGGUUGUCACAAUGCCCGUCUUUUGUGAUCAUGAUGUUAAUUCAGCUAAGGCGGAAGUUGAUGGUUAUGCCAUUAAAUUGGAUUUGGCAACGUUGUCGGCUGGUCAGCUAUACAAAUCGAUUAUGAAAGUUAUACAUGAUCCUCAGUAUAGAAAUGCAGCAAG